AUGUCUAAUUUUAUUGCUGACCAUUUUGAGACCAUUUUCCUACAACAAUUUUUUAUAAAAUUAAUUUUAAGACAUUUGGAUGGCAAUGAAUUUAAUUGUGUUUCACUUGAAUAUAUGCCUAAUACCCUUAAAAUAUUAACUAUUACAAGGAAUCCGAACUUACACUCAAUAAUAUUAAAUAUAAAUACACAAAAUAAAAAAUCUUUAAAUAUCGAAAUUGAUUCAAAUGGGCAAUUGCUUUGCGAUUGUAAUUUGCAAAGUUUAUUAAAGGAAGGCGGAAUAAGUUGGAAUAACCGGCAAGAACCGAAAUGUGGAGGGCCAGGAAAUUUAAGAGGAAUGACUUUAGAACAGUUUAAAAAUGUUAAGUGUUCUGAUCAAAGAGAAUCUACUUGUUCUGAGGAAGGAAUAUUAUGCCCGGCUGGCUGUAAAUGUACUUCCUUAAUAAAUAAUUAUUUUGAACAACAACCAAAAAAUCUGAAUAAUCACAGAUUUAGACAUGGAAAAAGAAGGCUUUUAUUUAGACAUAGAAGAGAAGAAGAUAAUUUUAGAAGGAAGAAUUCAGUUAUUGUAAAGUGUUCGAAUGCUUCUUUAGUGAAUAUUCCAUGGCCUUUACCUCAAAAUACGGAGGAAUUAUUACUUGAUAAUAAUAAAAUUAAAAUUAUUAAAGGAGAGAAUUUUAUGGGACUUGAACAUCUUAAAAAAUUGUAA